AUGCUGUUUAGGAUUCUCUUGUUGUGCGUUGUGGAGUUUCACAUAAGCGAUGCUGUCGCCGACCCCAGUCUUACCACAUUCAGGGCUUUCACUACACCUGUGAACGACUCAUUCCUCACAACUGAGAGGAAAGAUGGUAUCGUGCAAACUAUUGACCGGAUUUAUCACGGGGGCGGAAAAGUGGGUUAUCUUCUAUACAUGGACGAUAGGAGAUUUCAACUUGAUAUGGAGAGAGAUGAAUCUAUACUGUCACAUCAUUUCAGCUCGAAGUAUGUGGUUACGCUACUGGGGGCGGGAGACGGCGCACCUCCCCUGCAUAAAGAGUGUGUUUACCGUGGUACCGUGGACUCAAAUCCAGAAUCUCUGGCGGUUUUUAGUUUGUGUGAUGGUGGACUGGAGGGUUUUUUUGCGGUUAAGCAUGCCCGUUACACUAUUAAGCCCCUCGUCCGGGCGAAAGGACACGAAAACGAUGUACACGUAGUGAAGGAUGCUGAGGCGGAAAACGCUCUCCACUAUUACACUCGUGAGAGCUUUAGUUUCGAAGCAAUGCCAGUGCGCGAGAGCUGCGGCACGCGGGAUGGAAGGAGGCGCAAGGAUGGCACGAGGAAACGCCGGCGUAAGUACCCUGGAAAGAGAAAAAUACACCGUUACGCACUGGAGGAGGAUGAUCACAGAACACUUGACCGGAGGUGGUGGACGAGGUUCACCAAACCGGUCUCACCCGGUGAAGUCAAAAGGCGCAAGAGAUCCGUUUCUCGCGCCAGGCACGUGGAGCUUCUGUUGGUAGCUGACGAGUCUAUGUCCAAGAAAUAUGGAAAGGACUUGAACCAUUACCUGUUAACAUUAGCCUCAAUAGCUUCCAAGCUGUAUGGUCACGCCAGUAUCGAGAAUCCCAUACGACUGUCAGUGGUCAAGGUAACUGUGGUAACGGAGAAAGAGAAGGGACUCGAGGUGUCCAAGAACGCAGCCGCGACCCUCAAGAGUUUCUGCAAAUGGCAGAAUCAGCAAAAUCCGCUUGAUGACGAUCAUCAACAUCAUCACGACGCGGCCAUUCUCUUCACCAGGCAGGAUCUGUGUGGGCAUCAUUCAUGUGACACGCUGGGCAUGGCGGACGUGGGAACCGUCUGCUCUCCAGAGAGAAGCUGCGCCGUUAUCGAGGACGACGGUCUUCACGCUGCUUUCACUGUGGCACACGAGAUCGGACACCUGUUGGGUCUGUCCCACGAUGACUCAAAGUUCUGUGAAGAGCGUUUUGGCUCCACUGAAGACAAGAGGCUCAUGUCCUCCAUCCUGACCUCCAUCGACGCCUCCAAACCUUGGAGCCGCUGCACCUCUGCUACCAUCACUGACUUCUUCGACGACGGCAAUGCCGAGUGUCUGCUGGACACUCCUCGUCAGCCCCUCCUGGGUCCGGAGGAGCUUCCAGGCCAGAGUUACGAUGCUGUUCGGCAGUGUCGGCUAGCGUUUGGGCCAGAGUACACGGUGUGCCCGGGAAUGGACGUGUGCGCCCGCCUGUGGUGCGCGGUGAUCCGGAAGGGCCAGAUGGUUUGCCUGACCAAGAAGCUGCCUGCCGUGGAGGGAACGCCCUGCGGCAAAGGCCGCAUCUGCCUGCAGGGCAAGUGUGUGGACAAGACCCGCAAGAGGCACUACUCGGCUUCUAACCAUGGUAGCUGGAGCUCUUGGGGACCUUGGGGGACGUGUUCUCGUACCUGUGGAGGCGGGGUCCAGUUUGCUCACCGUCUAUGUAACAACCCACCUCCCCGUAACAACGGGCGCUACUGCACGGGCAAGAGAGCAAUCUACAGGUCCUGUAAUGUCACACCCUGCCCCUCGACGGGUAAGAGUUUCCGGCAGGAGCAGUGUGAGGUCCGUAAUGGCCCUCAGACAGACCCAAAGGGGGUGAAGACCCAUGUGGAGUGGGUGCCAAAGUUUGCUGGCGUGCUGCCCAAAGACAUGUGUAAACUGACCUGCAGGGCGAAAGGCACUGGCUACUACGUAGUGUUCUCACAAAGGGUAAUCGAUGGAACGGAGUGUCGUCCGUACAGCAGCUCGGUGUGUGUGAAGGGUAAAUGCGUGCGCACCGGCUGUGACGGAAUCAUCGGCUCCAAACUCCAGUUUGACAAGUGUGGCAUCUGUGGAGGCGACAGCACGGGAUGUAUCAAAGUGUCAGGCAAUUUCACCAAGAAGAGUAAGGGCUACACGGACGUCGUAAAAAUCCCAGAGGGCUCCACUCACAUAAAGGUCAGACAGUACAAGCCUAAAGGUCAGACGCGGUUCACAGCCUACAUGGCCCUGCGUCGACCCGACGGCAGCUAUCUCCUAAACGGCAAGUUCAUGAUCUCCACCUCGGAGACUGUCAUCCCGCUCAACGGCACGGUGCUCAACUACAGCGGCUGGAGCCAACGCGACGAGGCCCUUCACAGCAUGGGCCCCGGGGCGCUACACGAAAGCGUGGUCCUGCAAGUGCUGGCCACCGACGCCAAACGCCCGCUUGACAUACGCUACAGCUUCUUCGUUCCCCGUAAGACUCUGGCCUCCACCCGUUCCUCUUCGUCUUCCGCUUUGGUGGUCGACGCCUCAGCCUCAACUCCAGAGGACUGGCCUCUGACCACCGAGGCCCCCUCCUCUGCCCCACCCCCGUCCACGGCCCCGCCCGGACCUCAGUGGGUGACAGGCUCUUGGAUGACCUGCUCCAGGACUUGUGACACAGGUUGGCAGAGUCGCACAGUACAGUGCAAGGACCCACAAGGCAAGCUGGCCAAGGGUUGCCCUCUGGGUGCCCGACCUUCUGCCUUUAAACACUGCCUGAUUAAAAAGUGCUGA